ACGCGUUCAUCGGAUGUGACGUAAACUUCCGCUGACUCAGUCUGACAUAACAACAUGGCGGCCUCCAUACGUCUGUUCGCGUCUGCGGGGAAAUGUUUACUUCGCAGAUCGUUACUAGAGAGAAAUAACCUUAACAUAUUUACUCCUGGAGCCCACAGACUACUAACUACACAGGCUGCUCAGCAAGUAGCUUUAAAUGUCCCUGAAACUAAGGUGACCUCUUUGGAAAAUGGACUCCGUGUGGCUUCCGAGGACUCUGGGCUUUCCACGUGUACAGUUGGUCUGUGGAUUGACGCUGGCAGUCGUUACGAGAAUGAGAGAAAUAAUGGCACUGCUCAUUUUCUGGAGCACAUGGCAUUUAAGGGCACCAGGAAGCGAUCCCAGCUAGACCUGGAGUUAGAAAUUGAGAACAUGGGCGCUCACCUAAAUGCCUACACAUCCAGGGAGCAGACUGUGUACUAUGCCAAGGCCUUUUCCAAGGAUCUUCCGCGAGCUGUGGAGAUCCUGGCUGACAUCAUACAGAACAGCACGUUGGGCGAAGCGGAGAUCGAGCGGGAACGCGGGGUGAUCUUGCGGGAGAUGCAGGAAGUGGAGACCAAUUUACAGGAAGUGGUCUUCGAUUACCUCCACGCUACCGCUUACCAGUCCACAGCGCUGGGCAGGACCAUCCUGGGCCCCACCGAGAAUAUCAAGACGAUAAAUCGAGGAGAUCUGGUGGAGUACAUUACAAGCCACUACAAAGGUCCGAGAAUUGUGCUGGCUGCUGCUGGAGGUGUUGCCCACAACGAGCUGAUUGAUCUGGCAAAGUAUCACUUUGGAAAGCUUCUUGGCCGCUACGACAGCGACGCGCCGCCUGCCUGCCCCUUUACAGGAAGUGAGAUUCGCGUGCGUGACGACAAGAUGCCGCUGGCUCACAUCGCCGUCGCCGUGGAGGCGGUGGGAUGGUCUCACCCCGACACCAUCCCGCUCAUGGUGGCCAACACACUUAUUGGGAACUGGGACCGCUCAUUUGGCGGGGGAGUUAACCUUUCCAGUAAGCUGGCCCAGAUGGCGUGUCAGGGGAAUCUGUGCCACAGCUUCCAGUCGUUCAACACCUGCUAUACCGACACGGGCUUGUGGGGACUCUACAUGGUGUGUGAGCCCGCCACCAUCAAGGACAUGAUGCACUUCACGCAGAAAGAAUGGAUGUCGCUUUGCACCAGCGUAAGCGAAGGCGAAGUGGCACGGGCAAAGAACCUCCUCAAGACAAACAUGUUGCUGCAUCUCGAUGGCUCCACUCCAAUCUGCGAGGACAUCGGCAGACAGAUGUUGUGCUACAGCCGCAGGAUCCCUUUUCAUGAGCUGGAGACCCGAAUUGACGCCAUCGAUGCCACCACCAUCAAGGACGUGUGCGCCAAAUAUAUCUUCAACAAAGCUCCAGCCAUUGCCGCUGUCGGUCCCAUUGAGCAGCUUCCUGACUACAACCAGAUCCACAGCGGAAUGGUCUGGAUGAGGAACUAAGCAGUCACACUCAAAUGUAGACAAAGGCAACACUGUAUUUAAUUUUUUUUUUCUUUUAAUUCUUUUCGUAUAAAACAAAGAAGACAAACACAUUACGGUCAUAAUAAUGAUGUCAACCUUG